UUAUGUAUCUAACAUAGUUAUUCAUUCUCUUUUAGCAUUGUGGUUAAAUAGUUUUCAGAAAUUUUUAGUUGGUUGUUAAUAAAUAGUUACAAAUAUAUGGCAACAUAAUGUCACUACCAGGAAAUUAUGCCAUUAUUGAUAAUUUUGUAAACGGUGUUCGACUUAAAUCAGAUAAAUAUUUAGAUGGAUUCAAUCCCGCCACUGGAGAAGUUUUUCUGAAAAUUGUUGAUAGUGGUUUGUCAGAGGCCAAAGAAGCUAUAAACUCAGCUGAAAAAGCAUUUGAUAGUUGGUCAAAAACGGACAUAAAUUUAAGGUCAAAAAUUCUACUCAAAAUAGCUGAUUUGAUUGAGGACAGACUGGACGAAUUUGCAAGAGCAGAGUCUCUUGAUCAAGGUAAACCUGCAUGGUUAGCAAAAACUCUAGACAUUCCUAGAGUUAUUCAUAAUUUUAGAAUUUUUGCUACUGCCGCUCUACACAAAAGAGACAGAUGUCACUAUAUGGAAAAUCAAUCAGCUUUCAGUUACACGAGCAAACAUCCAGUCGGUGUAGCGUUACUGAUCAGUCCAUGGAAUUUACCUCUUUAUCUUUUAACUUUCAAACUUGCACCCGCUCUUAUCACAGGCAACACAGUUGUGUGCAAACCCAGCGAGUUCACAUCUCUUACUGCUUCAAUGCUGUGCGAUGUUUGCAAUCUUGCUGGUUUGCCACCGGGCGUAUUGAAUAUGGUUUUUGGCACGGGACAAAAAGUAGGCAGCCAUCUUGUAAGUGACCCUAGAAUAAAAAUUGUCAGUUUUACCGGAAGCACUGCAACCGCUGAAAAAAUUAGAUUGGCAUCUGUUACACAGAACAAAAAAUUGUCUCUUGAACUUGGUGGCAAAAAUGCAGCCAUUGUUUUUGAAGAUUGUAAUUUGGAAAAAUGUUUGAUGACAAUGCUGAGGUCAUGUUUCUUAAAUCAAGGAGAAAUAUGCCUUUGUAUCAGUAGAAUAUUUGUUCAGUCGGGAAUAUAUGAAACAUUUGUAAAGAGAUUUGUUGAAGAAACCAAAAAAAUUAAAGUAGGAGAUCCCAACGAUGAUUCAAAUUUUAUGGGCGCCUUGGUUAGCAAAGAACAUUACCAGAAGGUAACUGAUUACGUCCAAUUAGCCCGAAAAGAAAAAAUUUCAGUUUUGUGUGGUGAUGAACAACUAACUCUUCCUGGCAGCCAUAUUAAUGGAUACUUCGUGAGGCCUCACAUUUUGACAGGCAUGAAGGACGACAGUCAACUUAUGCAAGAAGAAAUAUUCGGGCCCGUCGUUUGCGUGACUUCUUUUGAUGAUGAAUUGGAGGUUAUAAAACGAGCCAACAACAGUUCAUAUGGUUUGUGUGCAACAUUAUGGAGUGAAAAUAUUCACAAAGUUCACCGGAUCGCUAGACAAUUACAAGUUGGAACCGUUUGGGCGAAUUGUUGGAUGGUUAGGGACUUACAUGUCCCGUUUGGAGGGGUGAAAAAUUCUGGUGUGGGCAAGGAGGGUGUAGUGCAAAGUUUGAACUUUUUCACUGAAACGAAAACUACGUGCAUUCAGAUGAACCCACUUGAUCAGGAUUCUUAAAUAUAACGUAAAUGGUGCUUGCCACUUCAGUUUAUUCCCUUUUAUUUUGGCCAAAUAGUCAUAUAUUUGUUGGAAUAUUUACAGAUAAUUACAUAGUUGUGGGAAUGUUUACAAAUAAUCACAUAGUUGUUGAAAUAUUUACUAAUAAACGAUUAUUUGCCUCUGAAAAUUUAAAGACAUAAAUUUGAGAAAGCAGGA